AUGUCCUCUCUCCAACGAACUCGCUCAUUGCGCAAACCAACGCUAUCGCAGCCAUCAGAGAAGACAAUAAGACCUAGCAGCACAGAUCCAACCCGAAGUGGUUCCCCCAGUCGACUCCCAGUCAAACCAUCCACGCGACCUACAUCAAUCGUUGGACCAAACUCAUCCGCAACCACAACAAACACCACGGGGGCAUCCCGGACCACCAGACCUGUAUCCGCUACAUUAACACGCUCGACAUCAUUAUCCAGGAAGCAAAAUGGCGUGUCUGCCCAAGAAACAACCAAGAGAGAGACGAGUCGUUACCCCCCGUUGAGCAGUGCGAAUAGACCGACCGUGAAGACCCGUCCUACAUCAGCUGGUAAUGGGAGUGCAGAGCCUCCGCGUCGAGGGCCAACGCACGUUCGUGCUAAGAGCACAGUGACGACCUUGACGCCAGCUACUUCGUUGCGACCGCCGUCAAGAGAACGAACCGUCGGGACAGCUCCAAGACUAGGACAUAGACGAAGCACAUCUAUCGACAGAGGGCCAUCUACGCCUGCGAAGCAAAGCGCACCACCGGUAGUCAAACAAGCACAGGCACAGGCACAACCCCGAAUACGACCCGCGUUCUCAACACUACAACAGCACUACUCACCUGCCAAGUCGCAUGCCCCCAAACCACUUACGUCCGCUAUUCUCGCUCCGCCGUCGCCCUCCAAACUCCCGGCCAAUAUAGCCGCGUCCGCGGAAACCAGCAAACUACAAGCCGAACUCCUACAACUGCACCUCCUGCACCGAGAUUCGCCCGCCGUCCAAGCGCAGUGGCAGUCCAGCGCCAAGGACAAACUAGGCACACGAUUCGAGGAACUCAGUCGAGAGAGCAAGGCCGUCUCAAGCAGGGAGCAAUCCGCCGUGGAGAGUGACAACAUCCUCGCUUUGAGGCGAUGGGCCCGCAGCGGGAAAUGCGGAAUAGAGGAGAAGAUACAGGCGCUGGACGAGAUAUUCACGGGUUUAUGGACGCUCAGUGAGCCUGCGGGCCGGUAUGCGAGGGUUGUGAGGCGGUUUGAGCGCUGGGUCGACCACAUGUGUGACGUGGAGGGGGCGAGGCACGACGCGGACAAGAUGUUGGUCCAGGGACAGGAUUCGUUGUUUAUCGGCGAGCUGGAUGCUCCUUGGAGGGAGGAGUGUGCUGGGCUGACGAGGCGGUUGGAGAUGUGGAACGCGCAGCUCGCAGAGGUGGAUGAUCUGGAGGGCGCGGCCUCGACUGACAUGUCGAGUUUGGAGAGGAUGUUGACCGGGUCGAGGAGUCUUGUGUACGACAUGUUGGCCGAGUUGGCUGCCAUGGGGGAGAUUGAGCAGCAGGCGCUGGCGAGGGAGGAUGAGUGGAUAGAGAGGGUGAAUACGGAGGGUGAUGAGGAUAUUGAUACCCCGAGGGCUGGAGCUGUUUGGCGAGUUAUGUGA